UGAGCCUGUUUUCGUGGUUUUACUCGACUCGUGUGAAAAAACACAUUCGACAAGACGUGGCGUCAGAGCAAGACCAUGCAGGCGAAGGAUUCGAAAAUGCACAAUGGGGCUUGCGGCACAUGUCGGGCACUUUUGCCCAAGUGCUGGGAGGAGGAUAGAUAGGAUUAAAGUGAGCGGUAGACAGAGGAAAUUUUUCGUGUUCCUGCAAAUAAAGUCACACUAUUCCAGAACCGCGAAUCCGGUUUCGUAACUUUUGGUCAACUUUACCAAUUUUCAUUUCACCUCAUCAUGGCAUCGUCUUCAGCCGCGAAACAGUACAAAGCUUUGGGAGACGAAGUAUGGAAAGUGAAGGUCGAGAAAAUCAAUGCCGAACUCUUCACGUUGACGUAUGGUUCCAUGGUGGUGCAACUCGUCAAAGACUACGAGGACUAUGGCGAGGUCAAUAAACAACUCGAGAAAAUGGGAUAUAACAUUGGCCAGCGUUUGAUUGAGGACUUUUUGGCCAAAUCCGGCAUUGGACGGUGUGCCGAAUUCAGAGAUACCGCCGAAGCGAUAUCCAAAGUAGGCUUCAAGAUCUUCCUCAAUAUUACGCCCUUGGUCACCAACUGGUCUACGGAUUCCAAAGAAUUCUCGCUCGUUUUUGAUGAAAACCCACUGACGGAAUUUGUGGAAUUGCCCGAAGAUGCACUGGAAGGUGGUUUAUGGUACUCGAACAUCUUUUGCGGUAUCCUCCGUGGCGCUCUUGAAAUGAUGCAAGUGGAGACUCACUUUGUGAGCGAUAUCCUUCGAGGUGAUGACCUCACAGAACUGAGAGUGAAAUUGAUCCGAUACAUGGAAGAAGAAGUUCCUGUUGGCGAAGAUUAAAGGGGCGAGGUUUUCCCAACCACCGAUCCUAUGCAUCAGACGAACUUGCCACUAUUUCUCUUUUUCUCACUUAUGACCUUCGAUACCUUACUUCCACCCUCUGUCUCUCUAUUAUCUCUUUCUACGCUUCGGUU